CAGUGGUAUUUUUCCAAAGAUGACCUGCAGUACACACCGUCCGUCGCUGAUGGAAUGACCGUUCAGCAAGAGCAAUUGGAUCGAACCAAAGGUUGUCUGUAUCUGCUUGCGAUCGCUGCCAAAUUAAACUUGCCGCAACUUGUCGUUUCCACAGCCUGCACAUUCUUUCACAGAUUUUUCAUGAGACAAUCCAUGACGCGAUUUCAUGUAUAUGAUAUUGCUGCGACGAGCUUAUUUGUUGCAACAAAAGUGGAAGAAUGCACGAGGCGAAUUAAAGAUAUUAUCUUCGUAUGCUCACAGAAGGCUGCAAAGAAUGACAAGCUACAUCUCGCAGAAGAUUCAAAGCAAAAGGUGGGCUUACACAUCACGUUUUUAUUAAAUAGCUUAGGUGUACCGUUAUGUCUUUUAUACAGACCAAAAAUAAUUGCUGCUGCUGCUUUGAUACUUGCCUGGCAUUUUUCUGAUGAAGAUCCGCCUUCAGACUGGUGGGAAACUAUAGGUGUUGAACCUGGUCAAGUUACAGAACUUGCAGUCGAUAUGCUGGAUUAUUGUGACGACCAUUAUGCUCAAAGAGCACCACCUACACAUCAGCAACAUCAUCACCAUCAUCAACAUCAACAACCUUAUCAUCAACAAAAGCAGCACCACAAUCACCAUUGCAACAGCAGCCCUCAUAGCCAUCAUCAUCAUUAG